GUUGAUGCUGGUGUUGUCGCUGGUGUCGGUGUUGGUGUUGUGGGUGUUGUGGGUGUUGCCGUGGGUGUUGUAUGUGUAGUGGGCGUUGGUGGUGUUGCUGUUGGUGUGGGUGUUGUAUGUGUAGUGGGCGUUGGUGGUGUUGCUGUUGGUGUGGGUGUUGUAAGUGUAAUUGGCGUUGGUGGUGUUGCUGUUGGUGCGGUUGUGGGCGUUGGUGGUGUUGUUGUUGGUGUUCGUGUGGGCGUUGGUGGUGUACCUGUUGGUGUGGGUGGUGUGGGUGUGGAUGUGGGCGUUGGUGGUUUUGCUGUUGGUGUGAGUGUGGGCGUUGGUGGUGUUGCUGUUGGUGUUCGUGUGGGUGUUGUAUGUGUAGUGGGCGUUAGUGGUGUAGGUGUUGGUGUGGGCGUUGGUGGUGUUGCUGUUGGUAUGGGUGUGGGUGUGGAUGUGGGCGUUGGUGGUUUUGCUGUUGGUGUGAGUGUGGGCGUUGGUGGUGUUGCUGUUGGUGUUCGUGUGGGUGUUGUAUGUGUAGUGGGCGUUAGUGGUGUAGGUGUUGGUGUGGGCGUUGGUGGUGUUGCUGUUGGUAUGGGUGUGGGUGUGGAUGUGGGCGUUGGUGGUGUUGCUGUUGGUGUGGGUGUAUGAGUGGGCGUUGGUGGUGUUGCCGUUGGUAUGGGUGUGGGCGUUGGUGGUGUUGCUGUUGGUAUGGGUGUGGGCGUUGGUGGUGUUGCUGUUGGUAUGGGUGUGGGUGUGGAUGUGGGCGUUGGUGGUGUUGCUGUUGGUGUGGGUGUAGGAGUGGGAGUUGGUGGUGUUGCCGUUGGUAUGGGUGUGGGCGUUGGUGGUGUUGCCGUUGGUAUGGGUGUGGGUGAGGGCGUUGGUGGUGUUGCUGUUGGUAUGGGUGUGGGUGUGGAUGUGGGCGUUGGUGGUGUUGGUGUUGGUGUGGGUGUAGGAGUGGGAGUUGGUGGUGUUGCCGUUGGUAUGGGUGUGGGCGUUGAUGGUGUUGCCGUUGGUAUGGGUAUGGGUGUGGGCGUGGGCGUUGGUGGUGUUGCUGUUGGUGUGGGUGUGGGCGUUGGUGGUGUUGCUGUUGGUAUGGGUGUGGGUGUGGGCGUUGAUGGUGUUGCUGUUGGUAUGGGUGUGGGUGUUGGUGUGGGCGUGGGCGUUGGUGGUGUUGGUGUGGUGUGGGUGGGCGUUGGUGGUGUUGCUGUUGGUAUGGGUGUGGGUGUGGGCGUUGGUGGUGUUGCUGUCGGUGUUGGUGUUUGUGUCUUUGUCGGUGUUGGUGUUGGUAUUGAUUUUAAAAGUCGUCAUCAGCCUACCAUUCUCCUUGGCUACAGCGCUAAACGGGGCAGAAUAGAGUACUCUCAGUGCACCUACACCAACUGA